AUAUGUGAAUACAUUCAGAAGUUUUGGAUAUUUAAUUGGAUCACUUACGGGACUUCUCUAUGUAUAUCUAAACCGACAGUUUGUGUUAAUAAUAAUGUCUGCGGCGGUCACUGUCUUCUCAAUAUUGAUGCCAAUGAGUCAUGAAUUGUGGCAAAUAUACAUAUUUGCAAUGUUCAACAAUAUAGGUAUCGGUGCUUUUGAAUCGGGAACUACCACUUGGCUUAUAGAGAUGUGGCAACAAAAUAGCUCACCUGUGCUUCAAUUGUCGAAAGCAUUUUGCGGUUUGGGCACCAUUUUUGGGCCAAUGCUCGACACGCCUUACAUUUUGGGUAAAAUAACUCCCGAUAAUCAAAAACUGGGUAAUUAUACAUCACGUGAUGACGCAAUUGAUGCAUAUAAUGAAGGSUUGGAUCGUAGGCCACAAUUGGAAAUACCAUAUUUGGUGGGCGGACUCAUUGAAUCAAUAAUCCCAAUUUCGUUGAUCAUAAUGUUUAUCUUUAAGAGAUAUCAAUUUAACCCGAAAGAUAUGGCGCCCAACAUACAGGUGCCACCCGAUAGUAGAAGGGCAACAUUACACAGUAUAAAAGAGUUCACUAUACAGGAGCCUAAAGUAAAACAGUCACCUGUAAUGAAAUGGACAUUUGUUGCACUGAUAGCCUUUAGUCUCAGCACAUACGGUGGCUUUGAAAUGCUGCACAUUAUCUACAGUCCCACAUACUAUCAAUACAUACCCCUAAAGUUGUCGGCGCAAAAAGCGGCAGAGAUAUUGUCAGUCAGUUCAACCACACUAACCAUCGGGAAACUCAUAUCGGCGUUCAUAGCCCUGAAAGUAAAAGCACAUAUCAUGAUAUCGUAUCACAUUAUUAUAUUAGCUGUUUCAAUGUGUAUCCUAUAUUUUGGCCAAAACUCUGAGCUUAUGAUAUGGAUCGGUAAUAUACUUAUUGGGUUCGGGUUUUCCUGUGUAUGGCCCGCGUAUUUCCAAUUUGGUGAAGAUUUUGUAGGUCUGACCGAUGCUAUUACAUCUAUAUUUUCAUUUGGUUCACAAAUAUUUCCUUUAUUAUCGCCAAUCAUUUGCGGACCACUUAUUGAGAAAAAUCCAAAUGUGUUUUUGUUGCUUGAAUUGGCAUAUUUUGCCACAACUUGUCUUAUAUUUUAUAUGUUUGGUGCAGUUAUGGUUGACCUGAGAUAUAUGUUUCACACGACAACUACUCUUAUAUCGUAUACCAAUACUUUUGGAAGUGUGGGUUAUAUGAUUGGAUCAUUUGUGGGUUUUGCGUACAAGUAUGUGAACCGACAAUUUACACUAAUAUUUAUGUCGGCACUUGUAGCCGUUUUUGGUUUGGUGCAACCUAUGUGCACACAACUAUGGCAGAUCUACCUGUGCUCUAUGCUAUUCAAUAUUGGUAUUUCAUCUUUUGAUACGGGAACUACCGUAUGGGCAGUGGAAAUGUGGCAACAAAACUGUGCACCAGUACUUCAAUUGGCCAAAGCUCUCGGUGGCAUCGGUAUGGUUAUAUCACCAUUACUGACCAAACCAUUUAUAUUGGGUCGGGUAACCCCCGAUAAUUCAACACUCAAAACAUAUCUACAAAACAUCACAAGUACUGCUACGGGCGAUGAGGCCAUCGAUGAAUACAAUUAUUCAUUAGAGAGAAAAUCACAAUUAGAGAUACCAUUCAUAAUAAGCGGUGCACUUAACUUAAUCGUUCCCAUUUCAAUGGCACUGAUGUUUGUAUUCAAAAGAUAUUAUUACGAGGAAAAUGAAUUGAACAGUCAUUUGGGUGAUACUAAAGGUGUUGUUCCAGAGGGUAGGCGUUCAACAGUUCACAGUAUUAAAGAAUAUACAAUAAAGAAACCAACAGUAGAACAGACACCUCUCAUGAAGUGGACAUUUGUGUUACUUAUAGCCACAAGUUUGAGCACAUAUAAUGGUAUGGAAAGUCUGCAUUUAGUAUACAGUUCCACAUAUUAUCAAUACAGUGGAGCAAAAAUGACUGCACAGACAGCGGCCGAUGUAUUGUCGGUAAUGAACGCCGCCCUAACAAUAGGCAAACUCAUCUCAGCAUUAAUUGCACUCAAAUUAAAAGCACAUAUUAUGCUUAGUUAUCAUUUUGUAUUACUGGCCAUCUCUAUGGUUAUCCUAUAUUUUGGUCGCAACUCUGCGCUCAUUAUAUGGAUCGGUAAUGUAGUUAUAGGUUUAGCUUUUUCGUGUAUAUGGCCGUCAUUUUUCCAGUUUGGUGAAGACUUCAUAGGUCUGAGCGAUACCGUUGCCUCUGGUGUUGUUAACAGUAUGUUUGCGCCGACAAUGAAUGACAUGAAGUUUAUGUUUAGGACAUCAAUGCAAAGUAUAACACUUGUCUGCACUUGUCUUAGUGGCGGAUAUUUGAUCGGAUCUUUUGUGGCCACAGCUUUCAUGAAUGUCUUUGCAAUAUUAAUGCCAUUUUGUCCMAACAUAUGGCUCCUGUAUUUGAGUACAUUUCUCAAUUCGGUAGGCUGUGGGGCCUGGGAUUGCAGUAAUGCCGUUUGGACUAUUGAAAUGUGGGGCAACAAAAGUCCCGCUUUCUUACAAUUAUCACAAAUGAUGUUUGGUUUGGGUUCAAUCCUCGCGCCCAUCAUUGCCCGGCCCUAUCUUAUAGGUGAUCUCUCGGAAGGCAUACAAACGACAACAACACCGACAAUACAAUCACAAUCAAACUCAACGGAAACCGAUGACAUUAAUUAUUCAAUCGAUAGGCGACCACUGCUUAUAAUGCCUUACCUUAUUUCAGGUGGCGCUGGACUUAUAGGUCAGUUAUUUGAAUACAUUGUAAAGUAA